CCCACCUUAUCUCACUGCUCACAGCUUUCUCUCUUUCUCCCUUUCUCUCUCUCUCUCUCUUUGUCUCUCAAUUCUGUUUGCAGUGCCCUGUUAGCUGAAUUGGUUUCUUCCAGCUCCGCUUCUCCCUCUCCCUCUCCCUCUCUCUCUCUGCGUGUGUGUCUCUGUGUGUGUGUGUGUCCGUGUUGCUGCAAUUCGGGGCCAUGGACCUGGCGCUCACUAGUCCGCUCAACGUCUCCUCUGCUUGCCGGGCCACUGUGCCGUCUGUAAUGGACACUGUGCGGAGAUUUCCUUCCACCGUGUUCCUCACCGGCUCCCCGCGCUCCCUUGAAUCUUCCCGUCGUCUUCGUUGGUCAGGCAAGGGGUGGGAAUGUGCAGAGAAAAGUGCGGAUUUAGUGAUGCGAAAGUCGAGUCUCUGCUCACCGUGCUGUGCGCUCGUCCUGAAAGAACGAUAUGCCGGAGCCGGAAUUCAGGGGACAGGCAGGGUGCAAAUGGAGGACUCUUUUACUAUCGAAGUGGAUUCUACUGGGAAGGACCCCGCUUUUUUUGGAGUUUACGAUGGCCAUGGUGGAAACGCUGUCUCAGAGAUGCUGCAAAAAAGUGUGUGGCCAAUAUAUAAGAGAAAACUCUCAGGCCCUGAUGUAGUGCGCGCCACACGAGAAACGUACUUGGAGCUUGAUCAGCUCGCUUUGGCAGCGCCCAAGGGCCUGUUUGGAGCACUGCGCGAGCGGGGAUUGGGAGGAUCGAAGUGUGGCGCAACGGCAGCAACGGCCGUUCUUUUUUCUAAACCAGAUGGCAGUAAAGAGCUGGUGACUGCCAAUGUGGGGGAUGCGAGAGUGAUUCUGGUUCGUGGUGGUCAGGCGAUUCAGUUGACUGUUGAUCACAAGCCAGACGUGAAGGAGGAGAGAGAGCGGAUCGAGGCGAAGAACCCAACUCCAAAGAAACCCCUUGUUGUGAACGUGGGAGGAACGUGGCGGGUUGGUGGCCUACUAGCUCUAUCCCGCGCAUUUGGAGAUGCCUACCUUAAAGAUUGGUCAGAUAACCAAAUUAAUGGAGCAAGGGGAGGGUAUGGGCUCACAGCCGAACCGAACAUUUCCGUGGAAACAUUAACUCCAGAGGACCAAAUGAUUAUUCUGGGAACUGAUGGGCUUUGGGAGCUGGGCAAUCAGGAAGUGGUGGACAUUUGUCUUGCUGCAGGGGAGAGCACUUCUCCGGAGGAAAUUUUGAAGGAGUUGUUCAAAGUGGCUGUGGAAAGAGGGGUCACAGACGACUUAGCUGGCAUUAUUAUUCGGCUGUAAUUGCAGUCGUGCCUAAUGGCUAUUUUCACACACAAUGUGGGUACAGAAUAUUGGCCGAUCGUCUGAGAAAUAACCAGAAUUUAGUUCAUUUAGAAUCAUCCGCGAAGGGGGAGACUCCCGUGAAGGUACGUCGCAGUUAAAAUGGGAAUGUUCCCAGCUCAACUUUGGGCGAAGAAGGAAUGUCUAUUAUCCGAUCAACGGCCCACUGCAGUACCGUUGUUGACACCUUGAUGAUGAUUAACAGAGUUUGGCACUUGGCAAACGUAUUUCCUGCCUGA